UUCAUGGGAUAAAUAGUGGAGCUCUGCGCAUGAGGCUCAGGCUCGAGGAUCAAUACAUCGAGAUACCGGGGCAGUCACUUGGGAGAGGAGCGAAAACGCCAAGGCACCGCUGUUAGAAGAAACACCAGAAUAGCUUGAUAUUAACCUCGUAACAUUUUAUUAAAUAGCAGCAGCAGACGCAAGCGACAAUGAACGGACAGAUGAAUGGCUUCCAUAACUCCCUCAUUGACGAGGACUGCUUCUUGUUCACCUCAGAGUCGGUCGGGGAAGGACACCCCGACAAAAUCUGUGAUCAGAUCAGUGAUGCAGUUCUGGAUGCCCAUCUCAAGCAGGAUCCCGAUGCCAAAGUUGCAUGUGAGACUGUUGCCAAGACUGGGAUGAUCCUGUUGGCUGGUGAGGUGACAUCACAUGCCACAGUGGACUACCAGAAAGUCGUCCGCGACACCAUCCGCCAAAUUGGAUAUGACGACUCCUCCAAAGGCUUUGACUAUAAGACCUGCAAUGUUCUUGUGGCCCUGGAGCAGCAGUCUCCUGACAUCGCUCAGGGUGUUCACAUUGACCGCAAUGAGGAGGAUAUUGGAGCAGGGGACCAGGGCUUGAUGUUUGGGUAUGCCACUGAUGAGACCGAGGAGUGCAUGCCUCUCACAAUUGUCCUUGCCCACAAACUGAAUGCCAAGAUGGCUGAGUUGCGUCGCAAUGGCACCCUUCCAUGGCUCCGGCCAGACUCCAAGACACAAGUCACUGUCCAGUACCGCCAGGACCGUGGCGCCAUGCUUCCAGUGCGUGUGCAUACAAUUGUCAUCUCUGUUCAGCAUGAUGAGGAUAUUUGCCUGGAGGAGAUGAGAGACACCCUGAAAGAGAAAGUCAUCAAGACGGUUGUUCCCUGCAUCUAUUUGGAUGAUGACACCAUCUACCAUCUGCAGCCCAGCGGGAGAUUUGUUAUCGGAGGCCCACAGGGUGAUGCUGGCCUGACAGGGCGUAAAAUCAUUGUCGACACCUACGGAGGCUGGGGAGCCCAUGGCGGUGGUGCCUUCUCUGGGAAGGAUUACACAAAGGUGGAUCGCUCUGCUGCUUAUGCUGCACGCUGGGUGGCCAAGUCUCUGGUGAAGGCUGAGCUCUGCAAGAGAGUGUUGGUCCAGGUUUCCUACGCCAUUGGAGUUGCCCAUCCCCUUUCCAUUUCUAUCUUCCACUACGGGACCUCCCACAAGAGUGAGAGGGAGCUUCUUGACAUUGUGAAGAGGAACUUUGAUCUCCGUCCUGGAGUCAUUGUCAGGUAAUGUAUAAUCUCCGAAGCCACCUGCUCAGUGAAGCAGAUUAUUCCUGUUUGCUGUGCCAUAGUUUUGUCUAUUUAUAUGGCUUCCCUGCCCAGCAUUUGGAGCUAAUGUAAUUUUUUAAUGUAUUUUGAAACUCAAACUCUGCGAAGCAGAUACCAUUUUUCUUUUGCUUCAGCUUGAAUUUUGUUUGGCUUCUGUGAUCAAAGGCUUUGAUUUUGCUUUAUCUCUUUCUAUAAAAUUAUAUGGUAUAGUGUCAAAAUUUACACGUGGGCAGUAGUGUGAGCAAAAGUCUCAUUUAUAGGGGUAGAUAGAUAAAUCAUUUGCAAUGGAGCUGAAGUGCUGUAGCUCAUAGUUAGAUAGAUAAGCUUUGUUUUUUUUUUUUUUGUUUUUUUUUUUUUUGUAAACUGGAGUGUGGGUUCCAGCUGCAGUCAGCACACUGCGCAGAGAUGAGUUUGCUUGUCAGGGUAAGUGUCGAAGCCUCGCGUGUCUCCCUCUUCACCAGCCUGUCUAACAACUUUAAAAUAAAAAAAAAAAAAACUUUCGGUGCUCUCAACACUUCCCACUGGCUAAUGUGAACAUUAUGCCUGUGUGAGUAUGAUUGUGUGCCUUUUGAGGUCACAGGGUGUGACUGCUGCUAAAUAUUUCGAUUAUGUAUUCCAGGGAGCUGGAUCUGAAGAAGCCCAUGUAUCAGAGGACCGCAGCCUAUGGCCACUUUGGCCGAGACUCCUUCCCUUGGGAGGUGCCCAAAAAGCUCAAAUACUAAACAUGUUAAGCUUUUCCCCCCAGGCCUGUUGGUGUAUACUACAGAGAAGCCUCCAAGGUUCCGGGGGUGAAAUGCCCUUUUCUCUCUCAUAGUAAUGGUAACUUUUAACACUCCCUUCCUCACUCCAACUCCCUCCUUUUGUCUUCUUGCUGUUUUCUGCUGGUUGCAGUAUCAUACUGGGUCACAGGAGGCAUGCCUCAGAAACUCGAUGUUUAAAGAAUUGGAUGGGUUCCAUGAACUCAUUCACCAUAGUACUUCAUGAUCUCCCACGUGUUGAGGUUCCCCUGCUUCUUGUUGUGAUAAACCCCGAAAUUGCUGUUUAGUUGUUCUCCUCUUGGCAUUCCAUCCUCGUCAGUGUAAUCAGUCUUUUAUUCAGUGUCAUGGCGGUAGCAUAUUAGGUUAUAUGCGAUACCCCUCUUAAUUCACUGGUGCUAUGGAGUCUGCGUGACAUCUAAAUUUAUCAAGUCCACCUAGAAGCGGAAUUUGAUAGUCGGAGGGUCCUUUUUUGAUCUGGCGCCUUCCCAAAUGAGCUCAGUGUCUUUCUAAACAUUCCUCCCUCGUCAGUCUGGUACAAUUACACCCUGACCCAGUGUUCUUUAUCCUUUUUGUUAGCUUUAUUCCCGCAUCUUUGUGGAGGAUGCUAGAAUGGCACAAUUAGAAUUCAAGGGUUGUUGCUGUUGUCACAGAAAAUGCUAUGCAUUGCAGGCUAAUGGGCGAGCCAAAUCCGAAUUAUUCAAGCUCUCAAAUGAGCUUAAAGCCUCAGAUGCCCCUACAGGCCGUUGCUGUUUUCUGACGUAAUACAGAAAAGUCAGAAGCUGCUAUGUCACUGCUCUGGUCUGCAGAGGUAUGUGUUAUACUUGAUGGCAUUGAAAUUGGAUUAUUUAUGCAUUAAAAUUCAGUUUUAAAUGAGUCCUUUUUAAAUGUAGUUUAACUUGCAUUCUUAUGGUUUGAAGUGACUAAAGGUCCUUAUACUCCUUAAGGAUAUUGACGGCAGGUGUAGCUACAGAGAAACCUGAUGCCCGUCUUUGUCCUAAAGAGUGUUUCUUUGCCAGAGUCUUAUUGGCUUGGAGUCAAACCUUAACACUAUUUAUUUGUUCUCUGAAACUCAGCGUGGAUACAGAGAAGCUGAGGUUUCAGAAGGCAGCUUUAAACACACUUGGCUAUUGAAUCUUGAAUUCCUUUUGACUUGACCAUUUUUCAGUGUUUAGCUUGAGGCUCCAGAGUGUCCUACAGAAAAGCUUUGGUCCACCUCAACAACAAAGUGUCACUGGCUACUGUUAAUGACUAUUUUGCAACCUUUUUUAUUUUUGGACUGUAGAUCAUAUUUUUAAGUGGGUUGGUUUUGAACUCCCGUUAAAAUGUCUGGUGCAAUUCUUUAGCUCUUACCUAUCCUCAAUGGCAUGGCAACAUUUGGUUGGUGUAGUACAGAGAAACCAGCCUUGUUUACACGGCCAUCCCAUGUGGGGGAUAGGUUCAAGUUUUGGUUUUGUUCCCUUUACCACUUGGAGGUCAUCUCGUUGGUUACAGUAAGCGUAAGAGUGCCUUUUCUAUUUCCUCUACUCCCCCUUUGCUUUUCUCCCUCUCCUACCAACAUGCGCUCAACUUCCAGAGGAACAAGUAGCUCAUACUGUAUUAUGCUUCAUGUCUAGACUGGGUAGUUAUGCUCUGUAAUAAACUACUCCUUUCAAA